AUGCAGAACUUCUCAAGCUGCUGCAAGUCAGUCUCGGUGACAGUGUCAGUUCUGACGCUGACCUUCAUCUCCGUAGACCGCUGGUAUGCCAUCUGCUUCCCGCUCAAGUUCAAGUCCACCACGGGACGGGCCAAAACUGCGAUCCUCAUCAUUUGGCUUCUAUCUUUGGUCUUCAACAUACCAGAGUUCGUGGUGCUUCAAGUGCAACAGAAGAUGGAACUGAGGUUCAACGUGCAGUACUUCAUGCAGUGCGAGUCCACGUGGUCGGACGACAGCGACCUCAAGUGGCACGUCAUUAAAGCUCUGUUCCUGUACACGUUCCCUCUCCUCCUGAUGACGAUCGCGUACUGCCAGAUAGUGCGAGUGCUGUGGAGAUCAGACAACAUCCCAGGCCACGUGGAGUCCCACAAGCUGUGUGCCGCGCCAACUGGACAAAACAAUUGGUUAGCGGCGAAUCGCCGAACAGCGCCAUCUAUUCACGCGAACGCAUCAACUGAGGGGCAGCUGCGCUCGCGUCGAAAGGCGGCUAAGAUGCUCGUCGCUGUCGUCGCCAUGUUUGCUGUCUGCUACUUCCCCGUGCAUCUCCUUUCAGUGCUCAGGUUUGCUCUGGACGUUCAACAGAGCAACGUGAUGACCUGCAUCGCUCUCAUCUCACACGUGCUCUGCUACGCCAACUCUGCCGUCAACCCUCUCAUCUACAACUUCAUGAGCGGAAAAUUCCGGAGAGAGUUCCACAGGUCCUACUUCAAAUGCUUCUGCUGCUGUCAUUCGUCGCCGUCACCUGACCAGAACGGGACCUCAUUCGCUCCUAUCGGGUCUUCGCGUGCCGGCACAACAAGAACCGUGGUCAGGCGCAACGACUCCUGCGUUAGCUACCGUCUCACUCACCUUUCUCCCUCUAACCAUAACAGCCUCCACAGGGACUGCAUCAGGAACACAAACACCUCCUUCAUCGAACAGAUGAAUGGCAACCGAAGACCGAAGAUCAGAGACGACUCAAUCAGUGAGGGAACAAGGUUCACUCUCACCACAGACGUCGGCAGAGAUUGACAGUUAGGUAAGGACAAUUUCUACGUCACAUAUAACGCUGAUCUGAAGCACAGGUCUGAUGAAGUCGAGAGUUACAUAGCAAGAAGUACAAAUAGCAUAGAUUGUAAGCCUUACUACGACUGUUUCAAGGGCGCCGGCCCUAGUGGCGCCAUCUGUGAGUUUAACAAGAAACCAAAUAUAAUCGAUGAAAGGCAUAGCGAUACGUAUGCAGACUACAGAGACAGUGAAGAUAAGGAGCUGUUUUCUGUAAACGAUGAAACCAAAAACGGGUUUAAAUUUAAGUUUAAUCGUAGUUUGAAUAGCUGUCAGAUCAAGAAUAAGAGGAAAGUUAAUACUGUAUAUUAAGUGAAUCUGUAUAUCGGUAAGGUGUAAAUAUUGUUGUAUGAUUUUUUUUAUAAAGAUAAACCUCUUCACAACAUACGACAUUAUAAAUGAUUUCCAGCAGACGAAUGUGUCAUUUAGAUGAGUAUUGUAAUAUUUCGUAUGUAUUUAUUAUUGCGUAUGGCAGACAAAAAUAAAAUAUCCUGGGUGGAUCAUAUAUCCAGCUUAAGCUC